GUUGUCGAAGCUGGACGCCUUUCGCAGGAGCAGCAGCAGCAGCCAAGAACAUCCACAGAACAGCGCUUGCAAGAAGAAGGAUCUCUGUGUUUGGCGCAAAAGCAAUCAAGGUGAAGAGAUUGGCAAAGAAGAUCGCUCCUGGGACCUCCUCCUCACAUGGUGUUAGUAGUGCAAUGGUGUACGAUCGCAACAGCUAGUUCAAGCUCUGUGCCGAGGAGUGUGCGUUCAGUAGUUCAGUGUAAUCCGCGUGCGCGCUACAACCGAGACAGAACUCCGACUCUGUGCUCCGAUGUUUAAGUGAAAAAUUGUCGAACCGAAACGGCGCGGUAAAUGCAAGGAAAAAAAACCAGCGGCAAAAAACAGCCACACAAAACUGAGAGAAACAGGAACAUAACACAACGUCGUCGGUGGUGACCGUUGUUGCGUGGGGAACGACGGAGCACAAAAGAAGUUUCGAGUUCUGCUGGCCAAGUCCGCGGGACUCUCUCGCGUUGAAGAGCCGAACACCGGUGUGUGUUUGUGUGGAGAGGCAACGAUUAUCUUGGACUCGGUUCACUAACUUUUUAUCAUCCGGACCCUGAAGAGUGUGCGGGGAGCGACUACUGGAGAAGAAACUAAAAGUGCAAGAAAACUCACACACAAGAACUCUGUUGCAUACCAAAGAUCUAGUAAACACGUCUCGAAGAGAACCAGCUGAAGCUGUGGUGUAACCAACCCGUACUAGGAACGGUGGACAUUAGGCUAGGAACGUACCAUAAGGCAUUUCUAUUUAUUUCAAGAACUACACUGUGUGAUUUCAACCGAAUGCUGAUAAAUCAUUUAAUCCGUACUAAAUAAGCUUAGAAGUAAUUUCAACCGCACAUGCAACAUAACGCACAGCAAUCCGUCCAAAAAUUUAAACGAAAAAUUAGCAACAGGCAUUUCAUUAGCUGUAUUCAGUGCACAUAAACACACACACACUUUAAAAGGCAAACAAUUUUAAAACACCCCAAAACGAUAAUACAAAAAAAAAACACGCAUUUCAUCGCUCUUAAGCAGAAACAAUUACCGCGCCUCAAUUCCGAUAUAAUCGAAAGCCAAUUUUCCUAUUUUGGGAAAUUAAGCGAGUGAGAAGUGCUGGUGGAAGAAACCAAACCCCGAUGCAAGAAGGAACCCUCCCAUUAUCAAUUACUGUGAAGAAAUUAAGCGUUUCACGCACUAGCUGCAAACCCGAGGAGCAAUCGAGAUACGCUUUAUGAAAGAUUUUUCUUGUAAUACUAUCCAGUACCCACUUAAUCUAAGACUGAGCAACAGAGAUCUGCAAACACAAUCUACAUCAAGAUUAUUCUUUCGAACCGAUACCGUCCAGCAACAAAAAAAAGAUAUUCAACUCUAAUCUUAAGGACCCCCUUCGUAACGAUACUCCUCCAUCGAGCAAUAUAUACGCAUUAAGGAUAGAGUUAAGCGCACCGCAAUCGUAAACUGCAAUUAUCUUCACGAAGCAAGCUUCAGGCUGUCAACUCAACCAAAUAUUUAGAGUACUACGCACCUAGCAUCUAAGAGCAACUAUUUAUAACAAGCCGCGUCCAAAAUGUUACCAAGCAAUCAGCAACAUCAGCAGACGGCGGAGCAGCAGCAGCAGCAGCAGCAACAUCUGCUCAACACGGUGGGCAUGAGCAGCCCGUACACCGCGACAUCGACCAGCUACAGCAUGAGCUACCCGGUCAUCAGCGGGCACCAUCUCAACGAAAACAACAACCUGGUGAUGCACCCAUCGUACGGCAAACCGGCGGCACACGUGGCCCACCAGCUUCCGCCGGCUUCGCUCAUCACGCUGCAACCGGUCACGAUGGACGGACACCACUCGACGCUGCACCACGGGCUAGGACCACAGCCGCCGCACACCGUCACAUCGCUUGCGCCGCCACCACAGAUGCAUCAGUCCGAAAUGUCCCACAUGUCCCAACAGCAGCAAGCGUCCAACUCACAGUGCCCCUCGGGCAUGUCCAGCAUGUCCGGAUCGUCGAUGAACGACGGCAGUGGUAUGUAUUUGGGGGGUCGAUUCUCGUCCCCCAAGGGUGUGUAAGUGCAAGCGAACUCCUUCUCGUUACAGCAUUCACUAAUCUAGCUUAGGUUCGUCGGAGGCAUCACUAAUCACACGGCUCGGCUUUGAGUUGGCCAGGUUGAGGAUUGAAGAACAACCUCAAACGAUUUGUUAGGAUGGAAUGAGUGCGCCCAUAAUGUAUAUAACUCAAACUCGAUAACCAUCGCUCAUUCAUUGUUCAUUCGCAAUUCUGUUGAAAGUUGUUCUCCACCUCAACUUGUGUAGCUCUGAACCGAUCAUGUUCCUGAUCCGGAUGGAGCUGUGGCAACUGGACGGCGCUAUAGGACUAACCUUCCGAGCAGCAUUUAUACCAAGAACUCUACAAGAGCUCUCCAGGAGCGUCCUGUAGCUUCCUUGCUUUAAAUCGCUGCUGCAUGUGCAUGACCCGUAACAAACCUUUGCAUACAGUCGACACUCACGAGACUAAACGACUAAACCGCGGACACUCUAACCCACUUACCAAGCUCAACCGAGGGAGGCAUCGUUAUCAACCCCCGCGGCACGACUAAUAACUCACGAGGGCUGCAGCCCGAAAAAAAGGCAGCGGGGUCAAUCGCGCGAAGAACCGUUGGCCCCGCGUUGCUCGGGGGGGUUAAUUUGCCGUGCUCAAAUGAGACGCGUAAUAGUUUCGCCUUAAUCGCCCUUUGGGAUGACCGAGAAGGAGCGCGCCAAAGCGGAUUCACGGAAACCGAUUUGACUUCUGCGAAGUGGGUUAAAAGUAGGCUAGGGCCGAACCAAAUUCGCAGCGCGCCCCGUGGCCAACAGAUUGAACGUUGCAAGCUGCAGUCCAAGAACCUUGAUCGUGGCGUUUGCAUGCCGCGGUGAAAGAGGCUGAAUCUAAUGUAUUCCGUGCAGCGAGCCCAAUUAUUACCAUAACGUUACACACAGCUGUAGACGCGGUUAACGAGCUUCCAAGCACCACACUUGGGAUCAUAUUUACCAAAGAUCACAAGACUUGGCACACUUGGCAUAAGCAGGCGUGACAUGACACCGCUGGCUGGGGCUUUGUUUACGCCCGGGGCUCUGCUGAGUCAGCUGUCACUUGCGGUGACCCCUUUGGAAUCGAUCGAUGAGUGUUUGGAAAACAAAGCGCGCACUCGUACACCCACACGCGCGUUCCCUGCCAACACGAUCGUCUUCAUUCCUGGAACCGGGAUUUGCGCGCGUUCUACGAGAGAAAGAGAGCUGGAAGACCCGCUAAUUAGUCAAUUUUUUCACCGUUAGUGCCGCGAGCGAAGGCCUGUCCAUAAUAAAAACGAUACACUUCAUCAUAUUGAAUUGUGUGUUGUGGUGCUCCACAGAGGGUUGGAGGAGGAGAAGACCCGCCGUAAGCCGUCCACCGCAGCACCGAUGAUGGUGAUAGAAACAGAUUAUACAGUCAGCAAGUUCUGCUAAACGAAACGAAAAUUAUUUAGCAGGAAGCGAAGAUGAAAAUAUAGACGGGUCGAGUCUUACGGAAGACGCUGGAGAGAGGAGUGAAUUAAAUAAACAAAUGGAAGGAAAACACUGGAGACUGUCGAGAGACUUCGUCUCGACUGUGUGUUGUGAUCGUAAAAAUUCCAGCUAACGGAAUCCUAUUACCAGUCUCUUUUUCUGCGGCCGUGGCCGGGCCCCGUAGCGAUUCUGAAAAGUUCUUCCUGAAGUUCCUUCGGUCGGCAGUAGCUGGACCCGGGGUGGCCUUUUGUUGUAUAUAGAUUGGAAUUUAAGACCGUGGCAGCGUUGAAAACUGCACAGUCUGCAAUUCUACAAAGCUUUGCCACGUAAUGAUUCAUCAUGCUGCAACCAAUUGAACACGGCGUUGUACUACGUGAUCUUGAUUUGCCGAACACGAAAUGAUCGGCCAAAGAGUGUGGUGGGUACAAAGUUGCACUGCCACCGUUGGUGGCAAGUGCAGCAAACACGUGGUAACGUGGCGCGAGAUGUAAUUGCAUCCUGCAACAGGCACCUAAUUAUCUUCAGCAACGAUGAGUUGCGUUUUGUAGUCGCGGUUUCGUUCACGACGAAGAAUGGGAUCCAUUCUGCUAGGGCGACUUUAACAGACUUUCCUUUUGGUCAAUCGCGCCGCGCCGUGGCCCAGAACCAGAACUAAUUUACAUAACCUCAACCACACGACGCGCGGCAAGUUCGGCAAACUUUCAAAGAGACCAUCACUGCCCGGAAACCGCACAUUUCUUCAUAAAUCAAUCCUAUUGGACAUUUCCCUGUAGACGGAUGAAUCAUUUGUUCGGAGAUGGGCUACGAACGCAUAACGGCACCAAUUUGUCACAGACAAACAGACGUGUCUGGGAAUCUGUGGUAAAGUUUUAGCACGUGCUCCUUCCUCCAAUUGGCUCCCGCAAGCUUAUUCUUCCUAAUUGUAUUUAAUUUCAAGGCAAAUUGGGCUGAAGAUCCACGGAAAAUUCACCAAAACGAAGCGCACUCCAAGUGUUCAAUUCGUUUCUAAUACCACGAUUAUCUGGCGUAAUUGCUUGUUAGCUUGUUUCUCGCAGCCAUGAAGAAGAAAUUGUUCGUUUAAUUCAAUAAUUGGAUUUGAUAUUUCAGUCUAGUGAAAAUCUUCACUACCAAACCUCUAGUCAAGGGUAUCAGUGCAAUGGUUUACAAAAACAAAAAAAAAUAAUAAAAAGAAACAUUCGGAGCCCCCUGUUGAACAGUCAAGUCCUAUUGUGUAUCGUUAGACUAAAUUAACAAUUAACAUUCGCUUAGAUUAGUAUCUGUGAACAAAACUCUAAAAAAUCAAAAACAGCACCAUGUAUGGAAAUGACAAGCAGAAACGGUGGAACUAGGCACAUCGUCCUAAAGGUGAAUUCACAGACAUACAGAUGGGCGCAUCGCUCGAACAUAUAGUAGUUUCAAGCAACUGUCAAACGCACGUAAAUGAGCCGUGGUGAAUACAAAUUUUCCGUGGUGAGUUUCCGACCAUUCAGUUUGGCCGUUAAAUUGCUGAAUGGAGGUUUUUAGGAGAAAUUUACGUCUGUUUGUGGGGCGAAUCAGAUUUAUUCGUGAACCAACUGAAUUUGAAAUGCAUUUUUUACCAUUUUCGGCAAAACCUAAAACUAGCUUCGACGAAGGUGCAACCAAUUUUGCCACUCGCACACUCUGUAGCGUGACAGGUCGUAACGCUCGAUGGCACAUGGUGAUUACGGUUAGCCUGAUCUGACUCGACGUUUUUGGCAAACCACGAUGAUAAUUUCCCCCCAGCCAAAAAAAAAAAACUACAUUGCCAAAAUGGUGCGCCCCUCGGCAGAUUAUAUCAUCUUACACCCAUUUCAUGUUGUUGUGGCUUUCGAGAGCUUCUGUGGGGCCAUUGUAGGGCCGUUUUCGAGAGAUUAAUUAGUACUGGCAAAGCCAACCUUGCAGUACCAGCUGCCGAAGCCCCAGAGACAGGAAGUUGGGCGGUUUUCUUCUUACCACUCUCGUGCGCAUCUCGUCGGUAGAACCCCCGAAGCCACUCUUCCGAAUUAUAACCACCACCGAAAUUGUGGCAUGCACUUUUUGGACGAUCGUAAAAUGUGCAGCUUGCAUCACGCUCGAUCUCUGCAACACACGGCAACAUGUGCAAGAUGUGUCUUGCGAGCCAUUUUGCGAGAGUAAUUUUCCAGUCAGCAGCGGUCCUUGAAAACGGAGGCCCCGAAAAUACCUGGCUUCUCGGUUUCGGGACUAAUUCUGGUUUUUGCGGUUCGGUUGCCGGGCCGGUCCUCCUUGGAAGAGCACCAUUUCAUCGAAAAGGUGCUGUCCGACGCAAAAAAAAAAGCUGCCUGCCUUUACGGUUUGCUGCGGCCAGGGGUUUCUUAACAGUUUUUUGCAUGAGAAGUUGCGCAUCUCUCGAAUUACCUGGAAAAAAGGAAAACGAAUUAACCUAACUGUUGUUUUGCCUUUCCACAUGGUGCUGUUUUAGCGUUUCGUUGAAGGAUAUUAUUGAACAUAGCCCGAACAAAAGUACUAAAACUUACUAAUUGAUUCUCAUUCCACAAUUAAAACCAUAUCAAAUUAACACAAAAUUAACCGCGAGUAACACCUUAACUGAAUAAUUGUGAUAAAUCAAAAGAGUGAUCUUUAAAAAAAGAGAGAGAUUAGGGCUCCGAAUGUA